AUGAAGUUCAUACAACGCCAAGUCAUCGCCGCCAGCCUCUGGCUCCCCUUCGCCCUAGGGGCUAUCAGAACCGACCUCCAACGUAGGAACGUUGAAGUUGCGGAAAUCGACAAAAACGCUCACAUCGAUCAUGAGAACCAAGAAAUUGUGUUCAAGGAAGGCGCCGACUUUGAGGAUGUCUUCCGAUGCACCAGAACUAGCGGGAAACGCCUUACAUUCACUGUAGACAAUACUGUCGCAGCUUGCUGUCAUCCCGGUCAAAGACUGCUCGGAACCCUGGAUACCGCAUUUGACUGCUGUGCCCCGGGUCAUACCUUAACUGGAACAGACAGGAAUGGCUAUAGGUGCUGCCCCCUAGGACAGUCCUACGACGGACUACGAUGCAGCGGUGUCUGCAAGAACGGAAGGGUCAUGGUUGAUGGGCAAUGUGUAUGUCCCGUGGGAACAACAUUGACUGCUGACGGCAGUUGCAAGGCGCUCGCGGGUUGCGAUUCAGGAAUCACUACUGGAUCAUGCUACCUCUUCAAGAUGGAAAACGGGCACACCUUCGGCUUCGACAGCGGGCAAACCUACUACAGCGCCGCCGACCACUCGAACCAACACCGCGUCGGCAAAUUCAAGCUGUGCAAGAACGAGCGAUGCACCCCCGGCAGCAGCGUGGACCCCAACGACGCGAUCCGGAUCCGGGACAUCCAGGGGACGAUAACGCAGAGCUCAGAAACGCAGGGGAACCGCUGGCUCAACAAAGCGUCGGACGGGAACCACGUCGGCCGAACCGCGCGGUACGAAGACGCGGGCCUGUUCACGAUCACGAAGUGGAGCUGUGGGAAGUACUGUCUCGGGGGGUUCGAGAACGGGGUCACGUACGCGUGUCCGAGCGAGACGCCGUCGAUUACGUUUACCUCGGACAGACAGGCGUGUACGCCUGUUGAGAUCGUAGAGGUCCCGUGUGAUGUCCAUUCCGUGGAGAAUAAUUGUAUGUGGGAGAAGACGCCGGGGACGUGUGGGCCUGGGACGGGUGGGAGUUGUCAUUGUCCUAAGGGGUGGGGGUUAGGGAGGCAUGAGUAUUUGGCUGUGCAGUGA